CGACGAACUUGAAUUGUGCGCAGAAUAAGAUCGAUUCGAUAAUCGAAUCGAGUCGUUCGUGCAGGCACGUUGAAACGUAGGAAGAGCGUGAGGCACCGCGAGCCAGGAACCGAAACCAGCGAAACGUUAUCUCGUUCGAGAAAGGUGAGCGUCGAACGAGGGGAACGCGUAGGUUACGAAAUACCCGUUCAAAGAAGAGCAACGAACCCAUGAAAGCAUGGUCGCACCGCGGUUUCCGAACCUUGGGCGUAAACGUGCCGAUUUUCCACAUAAUGCUCAGAUUUACCUCCAUAAGCACGGGACGGCGUGUCCCGAAGUUUGAAUUUCCUAAGAUGGCCGUUGGUUUGAAUCUAGACAACCUGCGUCGAGUUCCAUCGUGCAUUUUGGAACUAGACUUUACCGGUUAUUUUAAUUAUAUUCUUAGAAAAUUAUAAUGUGGACCACAGUGGCCUGCCACAAUAGACAACUGGAAAAUUGAUAAGGCGGAAAGGAAUGACGACAAAAACAACGCUCGGUUCCCGCGGCGCGCCUCGAUGCGCGGGAAGAGAAGAAGAAACGAUUGUUGGAGGAAGUAACCGUGAGGACUCAGGACACUGGCAGGAGCCACGAAACCGUAGCAACAGGACCGGCUGAAAGAUUUGCCAGGCGUAAGCGGCAAGAGAGAAGAGAGGACAGAAGUGGGUUUAUUCUUCGGCGACGUUCACCGUCCUACCUACUGUUCGUCUCCCACCUGGUCUUCACGCCGGAACUCUUCCCCUGCUGGAAGAGUAAAACUCUCAGACGUUUUCCGAUCUCGUACAGUUUCGAACCCGUCCUCGUGAACGCGCGAACUCGUUAAGCGAACCGACACCGACGCGUCCUCGCCGUUAACCCGCCGACUUUCCUUCGCAUUUUUUGUUUCGCUGAGAGGAACGAGGCUCCGCGAUUCUACCGUGACGCGCGCAUAAUACUCGAAUCCGCUUCCUUUAAAUUCACUCGAUACAAAGGAAGGGAGAGGGAACGUCCUCUCGAAGCUCGCGGAAGAGGGAACGGUGUAACAGUUCGCUUUUUUCCCUGUCUUUUUAAGACGCCCCGUUUGGGAAGCGAGAGAACGAGUCGAUUUGAGUCGAGUGAGAGUUCGAUGGUCCUGAGGUGAAGUUCGUCGGAGGAGCAAAGGGUGUGUUGAUCGAGCAUCGGCCUCUUGUCGGCAAGAAGACGACGACGAUGCGGCGAGGGAGCGUCCUCAGCUUCCUCUGGAUCACCUCGGUCCUCAGGAUCACGGCCGUCCUCGGCGACGCUGACCCGGCCAUCCCCACGGCACCAGACUUAACUCAUUUUCAACAGAGUCGACCGUCCUCGGACCCGCGGCCGCGGCUCUCAGCGUCGCAGCAGGCGCAGAUCCUGAGCGACGUGCAGCAGCAUCAGCAGCGGUACCGGCGGCCGCAGCAGGACCUAGCCAGCUCGUACUCCUCGCUGUCCAAAUACAAAGUAGACCGCUCGAAGCAGCAGCAGCAGCAGCAGCAGAUCCAGCAACUGCUGCGCCAGCAGCAGCAAGUGCAGCAGCUGAUCCAGCAGCAGCAGCUGAAGAUAGCGCAGCAGCUGAACAGCGCGAACUACCUGAGCAACGCCGGCAGGUCGCAGCCCCGCUUCGAGUCGCCCAAACAACUGCAACCGGAAUUCUCCAGUCAGUACCAAGAUGGCAAGAGGUUCGAGACCGUUCGCCAGGACCUGUCGCAGCCGCUGUUCUCCGACCAGCAGACCGUGCAGUUCCAGGAGUACCUGGAGAAACAGCGGGACCUGGAGCAGCUGGAGAAGCAGAGGCAGCAGCUGCUGCUGGAGCAGCAGGAGGUGCGCAAGCAGCAGGAGCUGCUGCGGCUGGACCAGCUGCGCAAGCUGGCCGACGCGACCAGCACGACGACCGCCGCGCCCACCGCCGCCCCGACCGCGAUCCUGUCCACCGCGUUCCCCAGCAGCACCGCCUCGUCGGUGCUGGUGUCCCUGCCGACCGCCAGGAAGAUCACUCCGUCAGAGACGGAGCUGUUCCUGAAGGCGAUACAGACUCACCAGAAGAAGUACUCCAUCGCAGCCACGUCGACGACGCCUAUCGUCUCGACGACUCGCCAGGUCUCGACGACGAGGCCCACGACGAGAGUCUCGUCGUCCGCCAUUCCCGAGAACCUGCUGAGCUUGAUCCAGGAGCAGGAGGCUCGCCUGGCGGAGCAGGGCAAGCCGAAGCCCAGGAUCAAGGUGGUCUAUCAGACCGAGAGGCCCGUGGACCGCGAAGAGAAGAACCCGAAGACCCUGUCAGGACCUCCCGGCUCGGACAAGGAUGCUCUGCUGAAGCAGCUGAAGCUGGCGCUGGCCAAGUCCGUCGACGACGACGCGAGGAACGUCAGCACCAGGGACAUCGUGCUCCCUGAUGGCAAGAAGAUCCAGGUGAUCGACGACGUCUCGGCUCUGUCCACUCUGCCGGCACCUCUGCUCACCACCACGACCACCGUCAAACCUCCCAAGGCUAUCCUCGAGGAGCUGACGAAGGGAGUGCUGCCUCCGGGCGCCGACUUCGAGGUGAUCAGGCAGAAGAGCGACGGCAAGCUGGAGGAGAUCGGCAAGGCGCCCAUCCAGAGCCUGCCGGCAAAGAAGGUCACGUUCGUCGUGCUGGAGGAGCAGCCCGACGGCAGCUACAAGGUGCAAGGCGUGAAGGGCAACGCGGACAAAGAGGGCGACGUGGACUCCAUCGUCGAGAGGAUCAAAAAGGGCGAACUCAAGCUGCCGCCCAGCUCCGCGAAUCUGACCAAGGUUGCUGCCAGGCAGCAGACAGGUCCUGUUAGGAGCACCGUUUCGACGACCUUCAGACCUACCACUGUCGGAGGGUCCACGGUCUCCUCGGUGCACAGUGACAGGUCCGUCGAGUACUCGCCAGUGCGGAGCACCGUCUCGACGACCUACAGACCCAGCACCGUCGCAGGCCUCAGCUCUGUUUCCUUGGUGCAGAGCGACAGGUCCGUCGAGUACUCGCCGCAGGUGACGGUCUCCCCGAACUCGGUGUCCACGGGCGACAAGUACCUGUCGUCGGCGUCCAGCGUGACCGGACACGUGUUCAACUCGCUGAAUCCCAUCGAGACGACCCUGUCGACCCCCAGGUCGCUGUCCACCGCGGCGGACCAAGACGGCAGGGUCACCGGCAACACGGCGAAAUACCCGACCGUGACCAGGAGCCACUUCAUCCCAACCAUGGCUCCGGUGAACGAGAUCAUUACGACAACGCCGGGCCCCGUGCAGACUUUCCCGCACCGUUCGACCGCUUCUUACGUUCACUUCACCGUUAGGCCAUCCAGUGAAACUCCCCCGACGGCGAGGCCGAUUUCUACUACCGGCAGGCCGGCGACCACCUUACAUAACGAGAACAACGUUUACCAAGAGGGCUUCGAAAGGUCCACGCUGUCCUCUCCGACGGAGUACCCAGCCGCCAACAGCCGGCCGCAGGAGGGCCUGGCGACGCUGCUCAAGCGCGAAGGAUUGUUCGCCAUGACCAAGUACCUCAGGCAAUCCGGACUCGACAGUGUCCUGAAUGAGACAGGCCCGUACACGCUGUUCGUGCCGACGGACAAAGCCUUCAGGACGCUGCUGGUGCAGCUCGGAGGACCGGAGAAGGCUGAGCAGAAGUUCAGAGACAAUCCGCGACUUCUCAGCGGACUUCUGCUGCAUCACGUGAUCCCGGGAGCCUUCAGGAUCGACACUCUGCAGGACGAGAUGACCGGCGUCAGCUUGGCGGGGACCCAGCUCAGGGUAAACGAGUACGCGACGCACGACCACGAGUGGAACGACGUCAAGUUGACGACGAUAAACGGAGCCAAAGUUGCGCCCAACAAACGCGACAUCGAGAUCCCGCAAGGCGUCGCCCAUGCAGUGGACAGGGUGAUGUUCCCGCUUCCGGUCGGUGACCUCGUGCAGACCCUGCAAGCUGACCGCGAAAGAAGGUUCACCACUUUCUUGAAGAUGCUCUACGUUUCUGGCCUUCAGGACACUUUGUCAGGGCCCAAAUCCUUCACCAUCUUCGCCCCGACCGACUCCGCUUUCGAUGCGACCCAGUCGAAAGACGGAGCGCCGAUUUGGUCGGAGGAAGAUGGACCGGAAGCGGCGAAGACGAUCAUUUCCAGGCACAUUCUACCGUCCACUCUGUACACGGCAGGGAUGAGGUAUUACUUGCAGAAGGACACGCUUCGCCCUCAGUCGCCUGUUCAUAUUCACAAAAACGGCGGUCGAGUGCGGGUGAACGAGGCGCACGUCGUGACGCACAACGUUCCAGCGACGAACGGAGUCAUACACGCGAUCGACGGUGUGUUGUGAAUCCUGGAGAACGACGCGGGAACGUCCGUUGGAGAUCACCGGUCCUGGAUCCGGUCCCAGACCGAUCCAAGUAACGGCGCGUGCUCGUACUGAUGCUUUGUAAUUCACUACUACUACCGUCGUUAUCCGUUGUAAAAAGAAACGACAGGCUCGACGCAGCCAACGAGUAGACGCACGAUCUGCCAUAGAUGUAGCAAAAUUAAAAGUGAAAAGGAUAACGGAACUUUGAAAAAAAUAUAUUUUUAUACAUAUAUAUAUAUAUAUAUAUAAAGCAUUAAUUAUGUACAUAACAGACAACGAAAUGUGAAAGAUAUCUGGUACACCGUGACAAGCACAUUAUGUACUAAGUUUAAUCAUCAUCGAGUACAUCGAGCUGCAAAUGUUUGUUUAAAUUUAUAAGUACAUGUUAUAGUCUCAGAGAAAUCAUUCAAUGUAAAUGUGUAAUAAUCGAACUAUUUAAAACCAACGUGUAAACUGAUUUGAUCGAAUCGUUGAACUCACACUACCUAAGUUUCGAGUGAUCGCGGUUGUAGGUCUAGUAGAUCGCCUUGUACUUCUUAAUCUCUAUCAUUAUGUGAUGAAUGUUAGUCAACUGUGUCCGCGCGUUUGGCGGGAGGAUUUUGUGAAGCCUAUUGUAAUAUUUAACCAGCUGGGUCAUUGCACUUUGCACUAGCGUCGUUCCAAGCACCAGGCUGUGGAAGGACGUAAUUACUUCACGAUUAAUCUCUUCUAACGCCCGUUUCCAAUUGUUCGUAAACGAUUGUACGAGGGCCAACGCUUUCCCUUCUUGCCUCUUCAGAUCGUCCGCCUGGCCCUUAUUUAUCAGCACCUCCCACUCCUUGACUAAUUGUAUUAUUCCACCGAAAUACGGCGUUAGAACCUCUUCAACGUACUCCGCGGAACGUGCGUUUAGCUGCUCGCGAAAGCUCUCUUCUUCCUUCGUGGAAUUGUUGCGUGUUCGCCCCUGGACGUGAAAGUUUCAAAGAAUCAGUGAAUCGUAGAAAUAGGACACAUGAAAAUAUAUAUCUAUCUUACCAGUAACACGCUAAGAACUAGGUCGUAAUUGUUAAUUAGAAAUACUAGUUGCUCGAUUCUGUUAGGGAAAAUGGUCGCCAUUCUCAGUAAAAAGAACUGGACAGCUUCCCUUAAUUCCGCCAGCAGCUGUAUUGCACUUUCACAGGGGAAUCCCUCGCUUACGCAGAUCAUCGCAGCACUGAACUCUGCGUACCUCCGUGUAAUCUAUAAAUAAAUUUCAUACUCGUGUUUCGACCAUUCAACUUUCUUUGAGCUUAGUGUUUUAAACGUACGUAAUGAGGACCGGUUUCUUUGUGUUUGAACGGGUCGUAUUCGCUGUCCUUUACACUUUGAAGUUUCAGUGGGUCGCAGUCUUUUAUACUUUGAAUGUUCAUUUGGAAAACGUAUUCGAACCUGGAACGUACACGUUAAGGGACAUAUUAAAACGACAAGGUAUUUGUUAAAUGAUCAAUGAUAUACCUUUGUAUAAAUAUAAUCACCUAGGUGAAAUCACUGCAGUCAUAUUGUCCCAGUACUUGUCUAGAGCUGGCACAACUCUUUUGUGGCAAAUUAUCCGGUAUCGCAUCACCAAAUGCAAGCAGAGGAACAAGGCUAUGGUGUCAUAACAGUCGUCCACAAAAGACUGCAGGUUCUUCACCAUUAAAUUCAGCGUUUUCCCCAUUACCUAUAUUCCACAUGGGCAUUUAUUAAAUCUGUUCUUGUGUUAAUAUUACCAAAAGUACACGAAGGACGUUUAGAACUUUACCUGGUUAAAUAUAUCCAUUGCUGGCACACCACUGACUUUGAAGAAUUCGGUUAAGAACAGGUAUUCUCUGCAAGCAUUAUCCAACAGGGCAUACUGUUCGCUCCUGAAUAAUGCUUCGUAGUGAUACUAUGGAAAUAUAAGGUAUACUGGUGAAACUUUUAGAGAGGAGGUACAAUAAUAAAUAAUAACGUGCUUACUCUUGUUUUAGUUGCAGUAUGGGGUACAAUGAUUGGUGCUUCCAACAGAGAAGUUAGAACAUCUCCUCUAUUUCCUAUAGAAAAUACUGUACCCCUGUGUUUUAAUGUUGUUUUAUGGAAAAUACCUCUCCCUACUGUAUCUUCCACACCCAUUAAAUCAUCUUUGGAAGCUCCUUCCUC